AUGUUUUUGGGCUUUAGAAGGGUGAGAUUCAAUUUUGGAGCAGUGUUAGAGUAAUAUCAACUCUUAGUAAGACAAGAGGAAAUAGCCAGAGAUGAGAGGUAAGUGAAUACGAUUGUUUAAUUCGAUAGAGUCAACGAUCAAUUGGUCUAAACGCAUCAACAAUGGCUGCAAUACUCGAAAUUCCUGGAUGAUUUUAUUAAAAGAAACCAUAAGCCCCAGUAAAGCUAAGUGUAAUAACCAUCUGCAAAGUAGUCAUCAUUCUUUAGCUCUUUGUUCGGGGGUUCACAGACUAUAAGCAUAAACGAGACUAAAUUAUAAUCGACACAAUAAGAUCAUAACCGUCCAUUUGUAUAGUAGAUCUAAGGGUUAUAUGUUUUCGGAUCGCCAGGAUGUGGGAAGACUUAUAUAAUGGAUUUAUUUUAUGAAUAAUGUCAAAUCCCCCAAAAGAAAAGGAUCCACUUUAAUGAAUUCAUGCUGGACAUUCAGAAGGAUAUGCAUAAUUGUUCUAGUAAAGAAGAUCCUGUGACCAAAGUGGGUAUAGCAAAAGCCAAAGAGUUAAGAUUAUUAUGUCUAGAUGAAUUCUAAGUCACAGACAUAGGAGAUGCUCUAAUUUUGAAGAGAUUGUUUGAGACAAUGAUCAAUAACCAUAUGGUUUUAGUGGCAACAUCCAACCGACCACCAGAAGACUUGUAUAAGGGAGGAUUGUAAAGACAUCUAUUUUUACCAUUUAUUCCAUUUUUAAAACAGUCAUGCAUUAUUCACAAUAUGGACUCACAGGUUGAUUAUAGAUACUCUUAUUCAGCAGCUCAAACAGAAAGAUUGUUAACAUUUACUAGUCCUUUGGAUGAAAGUGCUGAAUAGACUAUGAAAGGAAUUUUCAAAAGAAUAAGUGGAACAGACAAAUUUCAUGAGAAGGAAAUCGAGGUUAUUGAAGGAAGGAACUUCAAAGUAAAAAGACAAGCGAAUGGAGUAGCAUUGUUUGAUUACGAAGAGUUAUGUGAGGAUGUAGUGGGAGCCUCAGAUUUCAUAGCUUUAUGUAGGAAUUAUCACACUAUUUGUCUAAAGGGAGUGAAAUAGAUCAGUAUGAGUAAUCGAAAUGCUGCUCGAAGAUUUAUCUUACUAAUUGAUGAAAUGUACAAUCAUAAAACUAAGUUGUAUUGUUCUGCAGAAAGAGACUUGAUGAAUCUCUUCGUUGUAAAAAGCUAAGGGGAACAAUACGAUGAAGAGUUUGCUCUUGAAAGAUGUAGAUCUAGAUUGAAAGAAAUGCAAUCAAAAGAAUAUCUAGAGACUCCAUCCUAUUAUGAUUAGUAAAAAUAAUGA